UUUGAUGAUGACGAUUACGAAAGGCCACGCUUCAAGGAUGCUCAUGCCGGACCAGCUAUAACUUAUAGACUAUCCGGAGCAACGGAGGCUACUACUAUACAAAUACCCGCCAAUAUAAAUCGCUAUUUACGUGAAUAUCAACGUGAAGGUAUUCAAUUCUUAUAUAAUAAUUACAAAGCUAAUCGAGGUAGCAUUUUAGGUGACGAUAUGGGAUUAGGUAAAACGGUACAAAUUAUCGGCUUUAUCGCUGCUGUCUUGAAUAAAUCCGGUACUAAAGAGGAUGUCAUGAAAAAAUUAUGGUGGAAAAGCAGUCCAUCACCUACAAAUAAACGGCAAUCAUUUUUAAUUGUUUCACCUGGCUCGGUUUUAUAUAACUGGAUUGACGAAUUAAAUACGUGGGGACACUUUAAAGUAGGCCGAUUUCAUGCAUCACAUAAGGAUGAAACAUUGCAACAAUUAGAAAAGGGUCGCCUUGAUGUUGUACUCACUACAUUUGAAACAUUAAGAAAUUACUUGGACGAUUUAAAUAGUUUCAAAUGGUUAGCUGUUAUCGUUGAUGAAGCUCACCGAUUAAAAGAUGGCAAAUCAAAGGUAACAAUUGCGAUGAAAAAUAUUAAAUGUAGACGACGUAUUGGAUUGACUGGUACAGCCAUGCAAAAUCGCUUAUCUGAAUUUUGGUGUUUACUGGAUUGGGCCAAUCCGGGCUGUUUGGGCACGCUUGGGACAUUUCAGAAAGACUAUGAGAGCCCAAUCAAGCAAGGGCGUAAAUUUAACGUUACAAAGCGAGAAUUAGCAAAUUCUAAUUUAAAAUCGGAAGAAUUAACAAAAUUACAUUCUCAAUGGUUUUUAAGGCGGACGAAAGCUUUAAUUGCUGAACAGCUACCUAAGAAAGAUGAGAAAGUAGUAUUUUGCUAUCUUUCUGAAUUACAAAAUAAUUUAUAUGAAGAACUGUUAAAGAAUUCAGAUGUUGAUCUUAUUGUGCGACAAUCUGAACCAUGUGAUUGCGGCAGUAAAAAAAACAGAGGAAAAUGUUGUUAUCAGACAAAUAUCAAGGGAGAAAAAAUAAAUUCUCUACUAAUGCAGUACUUGCAGUUAUUUCUUAAAGUUGCAAAUCACGUUGCCUUGUUACUACCUAAUUCAAAUCAAUCUGAGGAACAACGUAAUAAGGCUAGAGAAAUUUGCGUUCGAAUGUACUCCAAUUUUCCACAGUUUAAAUCUAUAUCCUCAAAUGCCUCUUUAUUAACGCUAUCAGAUCCUCUAUACUGUGGAAAAAUGAAGGCCUUAGAAGCCUUACUUAUUAAGUUCAAGAAGGACGGAAGCAAAGUGCUGUUAUUUUCGUAUUCUGUGCAGUUGCUUAACAUUUUAGAGACUUACAUCAUGUGCAAAGGCAUCAAUUAUUGUAGACUGGAUGGAAAUACUAGAAUUGAACAACGAGCUGAUAUAGUUAGAAAGUUCAAUAACGAUCCUCAAAUUUCAUUGUGCCUGAUUUCUACUAAGGCGGGAAGUCUAGGUUUAAAUUUUACUGGUGCCAAUUCUGUAUUGAUAUUUGAUCCAAAUUGGAAUCCUGCUCAUGAUUUACAAGCGCAAGAUCGAGCAUAUCGUAUUGGGCAACGUUGCGAUGUUCGUGUAUAUCGAUUAAUAACUUCCGGAACAAUAGAAGAGGUCAUGUACUUAAGGCAAAUUUAUAAACUGCAACUCGCUAACGUUGCAAUGCAAAAUAGCAAAGAACGUCGCUAUUUUACGGGCGUAGCUGACGACAAAGAGCAACAUGGUGAACUUUUUGGCAUCGAAAAUUUAUUUUCAUUACGACGACGAGGAGUCAGUCUAGCAGAGGACAUAAUUAAGGUU